GAAAAAAUUUAGAACCAAUCCGUCAAAUUGCAACACUGACCUUCAUUUCACCUUCUGUGUUUGGUGAAAAGUCUUACAGCUCCAGUGAUCUUUCUCACUUCCGUUGUUAAACUUCGAGAAAAGUUAUCUUGUACCAUCUCAUCUCCACAAUCAUAUCACCUGCUUUGCGGUAUCUUCAUCAUUUGAGAACUAUGGUUGUCCAGAAGAUUUUAGCUCGUCAGAUUUUUGACUCUCGCGGAAAUCCCACCGUUGAGGUUGACCUCACUACGAAUCUUGGCCUUUUUAGGGCAGCCGUACCAUCUGGUGCUUCCACUGGUGUCCAUGAGGCCUUGGAAUUGCGUGACAAUGACAAAAACCAUUACCAUGGAAAGGCUGUCCUUAAAGCAGUGGACAACAUCAACAAAAUCAUUGCUCCCGAGCUUAUUAAGUCUGGGCUGUGUGUAACACAGCAGGAAGAAGUUGAUAACUUUAUGCUGAAGCUCGAUGGGACAGAGAACAAGAGCAAAUUGGGAGCCAAUGCUAUUUUGGGAGUAUCAUUGGCUGUCUGCAAAGCUGGAGCUGCUGCCAAGGGUGUUCCUUUGUAUCAGCAUAUUGCUACUCUUGCAGGAAAUCCCAAUAUCAUUCUCCCUGUACCGGCAUUUAAUGUCAUCAAUGGUGGUAGUCAUGCUGGUAAUAAACUGGCUAUGCAAGAAUUUAUGAUUCUGCCGACUGGAGCGGCAUCCUUUACUGAAGCUAUGAAGAUUGGAUCGGAAGUGUAUCAUCAUCUCAAAAAAGUCAUCAACAACAAGUUUGGCUUGGACGCUACGGCCGUUGGAGAUGAAGGUGGCUUUGCUCCCAACAUUCUCAACAACAAGGAUGCCUUGUUCCUCAUCCAAGACGCCAUUAGUAAGGCCGGGUACACAGGUAAAGUGGAGAUUGGCAUGGAUGUGGCAGCUUCGGAAUUUCACAAGGACGGCAUGUAUGAUUUGGACUUUAAAAAUCCCAAUAGUGACAAGUCUCUCUGGCUGACCCCAGACAAACUCACUGAUCUCUAUUUGGAGUUUAUCAAGGAAUUCCCAAUUGUGAGCAUUGAGGAUCCUUUUGACCAAGAUCAUUGGGAUGCUUGGUCCAAGAUGACAGCGGCCACGAAUAUCCAGAUCGUCGGGGACGAUCUUACCGUGACCAAUCCCAAGCGCAUUGCCACGGCUAUUGAGAAGAAGGCAUGCAACUGCCUCUUGCUGAAGGUCAACCAAAUUGGUACAGUGACGGAAUCAAUUAAAGCCCAUAAUCUGGCCAAGAGCAAUGGUUGGGGCACCAUGGUUUCUCAUCGAUCUGGAGAGACUGAGGACACCUUCAUUGCUGACCUUGUUGUGGGUCUCAGCACUGGCCAAAUUAAAACUGGUGCUCCGUGCCGCUCUGAGAGAUUAGCCAAGUACAAUCAGAUUCUAAGAAUUGAAGAAGAACUCGGAGCUGGAGCCAAAUUUGCUGGCAAGAGCUUCCGUAAACCACAGUAAAAAUCAUUGUAAAAAUGAGUGUUUAUCACGUAAAAUUCGGAUGCAUGUACGCAAUCUUCUCAAUAAUCCCACAAAAGGAGACAAUAUUGUGUAAAAGCUUAAGAAGCUAACUCCUUUUUGAAAGUCAUUGUAAUUGAAAUACUUGUGAAGUAUCAAUAAAAGUUUUUCUUGUUGGGAACCAUUUGGUAGAUAAA